GUGGGAGCCACCUGAUGGGCCCACAUGAUCCUAACAAAAGCAUCAAUCGGCAAACUAGCAAUUGACGGUAAAAACAUAAGUGAGUGUAUUUCAAAGCCGCUGCAUUGUCGCCUGAUUCUCGUCCGAGGCCUGGUUGAUUUUGACGCGAGCACAACAUUUUGUUUUCCACAUUGCGGUUCCAGAUACAGAGCGGUCGACACCCCGCAACUCCGCGCGAUCGUCUCGCAAUCAUCUGCAGUCCUGCCUUUGCUGCCCUUCUCGCAGCAUUGACAUUCUCGGAUCGGGGACUUCCUGCUGCUGACCUAGCUGGAAAAAAGACCGACACGAUGUCGAAGCUCAACGACAGUGCACACGGAAAUGACUUGGAGAGGAAGCCUUCAAAAGUUGAGGAGGGAGUGAUCGGCAAGCACGGAUCAACGUCUCCCCUGAUCGAGAUCACGCACAAUGACAAGUGGUACCACGCUGGCGGCCACAUUUGCACCAUCAUCGCAACACCAGCAGCAUACGCGCCGCUACCCUUUGCCUUCGCGCACUUGGGCUGGGAGGCCGGAGUCAUCUUUCUGCUGCUGGCCGGGUUAGUCACCUGGUACACAUCCCUGCUGCUAGCUUCCCUGGACCGCCACGACGGCAAGCGUCACACGCGCUACUGCGACCUGGCAGGCUCCAUCUACGGCAAGGGCGGCUACUGGUCGGUCAUCUUCUUCCAGCAGCUGGCGUCCAUUGGCAACAACCUGACCAUCCAGAUCGUGGCUGGCCAGUGCCUCAAGGCACUGUACCGCCUCUACCACCCGGAGUGUGAGCCAACCGGCGCCUGCGGAAUCUCCCUGCAGGCCUGGAUUGCAGUCUUCGGCGCCUCCCAGCUCAUUCUGUCCCAGCUGCCAGACAUCUCCUCCCUAAGGGAGAUCAACCUCGUGUGCACCCUCUGCACCGUCUGCUUCGCUGUCGGCUGCCUGGCCAUGUCAAUCUACAACGGAAACACGCAGGUGGACCGUUCCACAGUCAGCUACGAUGUGCAGGGAGAUGCGAAGCCCAAGAUCUUCAACAUCAUGUUCUCCCUGGGCAUCAUUGCCUUUGCGUUCGGAGACACCAUCCUGCCAGAGGUCCAGGCCACUGUUGGGGGUGACUCCAAGAAGGUGAUGUACAAAGGAGUCAGCUGCGGCUACGCUAUCCUGCUGUCAUCCUACAUGGUUGUCGCCAUCGCCGGCUACUGGGCGUUCGGCUUUGAUGUGUCGCCGUUCGUGGUGUUCUCCUUCAAGGAGCCCUCCGGCAUGUUAGCAGCGCUGUACAUCUUUGCCGUGCUGCAGAUCAUUGGCUGCUACCAGAUCUAUGCAAGGCCCACCUUUGGAUUUGCCUACAACUACAUGCUGAGGCCCUACGAGGGCGUCUGGUCAUUCCACAACGUUCUGAUGAGGGCCAUUGUGACUACCAUCUACAUGGCCAUCAUCACCCUUAUUGCUGCCAUGAUCCCCUUCUUCGGGGACUUUGUCGCGUUUGUGGGAGCUAUCGGUUUCACCCCAAUGGACUUCAUUCUGCCGAUCAUCCUGUGGCAGAAAGUGGGCAAGCACUCGCUCAUCGUCAGCAUUGUCAACUGGUGCAUCGUGGUCUUCUACAGCAUCAUUGCCAUUGCAGGCGCAAUCGGAUCCAUCCAGGCCAUCAAUGCCGACCUUGCAAACUUUAACGUCUUUGCAGACCUGUUCUGAGACCUUCCACCGCGCUGAUCUGACCCAACAAGUGCGAGAUACCCGGCUACCAAGCAACUCACCCUGCAAUAGACCCGCCCGUGCUGCUGAGAUGCAUGUGCUGAUGUCAAAUUUCAGGCGUGCUCUUUUUCACAGAAUGCAGUCAGCAAUUUUGCGUCCCAGGAUGGCUGAAAGAAUGAUCAGAGGCCACAUUCUAUGAUUUGAAUGCAGCAGGGGGCUGUGGGUUUUCUGAUGGCUGUGAAACUCUUGGUGUCAGCUGUGACACUCUGUGCAGAUCUGUUGAUGCAAGGGUGCUGAAUUAUUUUAGUGCAGCUGCAACUGCCGCAAGACAGCUCCGCAGAUUUAUGAGGGUGCCCGUGCAUUAAAUGAGCACACAUGAGGCUCUGAAGUUCGUGCUAUUUGGAAUUUCAAGCGGCCCAGGGGCAUUAUUGGUGCGGGCUGAGAAAAGUCUGAUUGCAGAUUGAUGAGUUGGUUUAUUCCUGAUAUUUUUUUGGGAGGGUUUGCUCUUGAAUGAAGGUUGCUCCGUGACGAGCUCCUAUGUACAAUGGUUGACUUGGGGUGUCACAUUGGAGUUUUUACUACUCCUUGCGGGGAAUAGCUUACUGGGAUUGCAUGAUAUUAAUGAGCUUGCAGGAGUGCUGCAGCUUUCCAUUUUGUGUGGGACACUGUCGCACGCAAUUCUCGUCUGAGAAAGUGGCCUUGUCAUUGCUGCAUCCACAAAUCGCUAUUCCAAGUGUGCCUUGACAAGCUGUCCAAAGACAUUGCUUGUUUGGCAACAGUUGGCAAUUGCGACAAUUUGCUGCAGAAGUAUUUACCCUUUUAGGCGUGAUAAUCUGGUUUCACCACUUGCUGUGUCCAGUGUGACAUGCCAACACAUUUUUAACCACCAUUAUUUUUU